AUGAAAAGCUGCAUAUGGGACCGAGCUUUCGCCAUCUCUGCUCCCACUUCUCUGGAACUCUCUCCCCCCUCACCUCUGGAACUCUCUCCCCCCUCACCUCUGGAACUCUCUCCCCCCUCACCUCUGGAACUCUCUCCUCCCUCACCUCUGGAACUCUCUCCCUCCUCACCUCUGGAACUCUCCUCCCUCACCUCUGGAACUCUCUCCUCCCUCACCUCUGGAACUCUCUCCUCCCUCACCUCUGGAACUCUCUCCUCCCUCACCUCUGGAACUCUCUCCUCCCUCACCUCUGGAACUCUCUCCCCCCUCACCUCUGGAACUCUCUCCUCCCUCACCUCUGGAACUCUCUCCCCCCUCACCUCUGGAACUCUCUCCCCCUCACCUCUGGAACUCUCUCCCCCCUCACCUCUGGAACUCUCUCCCCCCUCACCUCUGGAACUCUCUCCCCCCUCACCUCUGGAACUCUCUCCCCCCUCACCUCUGGAACUCUCUCCCCCUCACCUCUGGAACUCUCUCCCCCUCACCUCUGGAACUCUCUCCUCCCCUCUCUCCCCUCACCUCUGGAACUCUCCCCCCUCACCUCUGGAACUCUCUCCCCCUCACCUCUGGAACUCUCUCCCCCCUCACCUCUGGAACUCUCUCCCCCCUCACCUCUGGAACUCUCUCCCCCUCACCUCUGGAACUCUCUCCCCCUCACCUCUGGAACUCUCUCCUCCCUCACCUCUGGAACUCUCUCCUCCCUCACCUCUGGAACUCUCUCCUCCCUCACCUCUGGAACUCUCCUACUCCUCCCUCACCUCUGGAACUCUCUCCUCCCUCACCUCUGGAACUCUCUCCCCCCUCACCUCUGGAACUCUCUCCCCCCUCACCUCUGGAACUCUCUCCUCCCUCACCUCUGGAACUCUCUCCCCCCUCACCUCUGGAACUCUCUCCCCCCUCACCUCUGGAACUCUCUCCUCCCUCACCUCUGGAACUCUCUCCCCCCUCACCUCUGGAACUCUCUCCCCCUCACCUCUGGAACUCUCUCUCCCCCCUCACCUCUGGAAACUCUCUCCUCCCUCACCUCUGGAACUCUCUCCUCCCUCACCUCUGGAACUCUCUCCCCCCUCACCUCUGGAACUCUCUCCCCCUCACCUCUGGAACUCUCUCCUCCCUCACCUCUGGAACUCUCUCCCCCUCACCUCUGGAACUCUCUCCCCCCUCACCUCUGGAACUCUCUCCCCCUCACCUCUGGAACUCUCUCCCCCCUCACCUCUGGAACUCUCUCCCCCUCACCUCUGGAACUCUCUCCCCCCUCACCUCUGGAACUCUCUCCCCCUCACCUCUGGAACUCUCUCCCCCUCACCUCUGGAACUCUCUCCCCCUCACCUCUGGAACUCUCUCCCCCCCUCACUCUCUGGAACUCUCUCCCCCUCACCUCUGGAACUCUCUCCCCCUCACCUCUGGAACUCUCUCCCCCUCACCUCUGGAACUCUCUCUCCCCCUCACCUCUGGAACUCUCUCCCCCUCACCUCACCUCUGGAACUCUCUCCCCCCUCACCUCUGGAACUCUCUCUCCCCCCUCACCUCUGGAACUCUCUCCCCCCUCACCUCUGGAACUCUCUCCCCCCUCACCUCUGGAACUCUCUCCCCUCCCUCACCUCUGGAACUCUCUCCCCCUCACCUCUGGAACUCUCUCCCCCCUCACCUCUGGAACUCUCUCCCCCUCACCUCUGGAACUCUCUCCUCUCCCCCCUCACCUCUGGAACUCUCUCCCCUCACCUCUGGAACUCUCUCCCCCCUCACCUCUGGAACUCUCUCCCCCUCACCUCUGGAACUCUCUCCCCCCUCACCUCUGGAACUCUCUCCCCCUCACCUCUGGAACUCUCUCCCCCCUCACCUCUGGAACUCUCUCCCCCCUCACCUCUGGAACUCUCUCCCCCUCACCUCUGGAACUCUCUCCCCCCUCACCUCUGGAACUCUCUCCCCCCUCACCUCUGGAACUCUCUCCCCCUCACCUCUGGAACUCUCUCCCCCCUCACCUCUGGAACUCUCUCCCCCUCACCUCUGGAACUCUCUCCUCUGGAACUCUCUCUCUCUGGAACUCCCCCCUCACCUCUGGAACUCUCUCCCCCUCACCUCUGGAACUCUCUCCCCCCUCACCUCUGGAACUCUCUCCCCCCUCACCUCUGGAACUCUCUCCCCCCUCACCUCUGGAACUCUCUCCCCCUCACCUCUGGAACUCUCUCCCCCUCACCUCUGGAACUCUCUCCCCCCUCACCUCUGGAACUCUCUCCCCCCUCACCUCUGGAACUCUCUCCCCCCUCACCUCUGGAACUCUCUCCCCCCUCACCUCUGGAACUCUCCCCCCUCACCUCUGGAACUCUCUCCCCCUCACCUCUGGAACUCUCUCCCCCUCACCUCUGGAACUCUCUCCCCCUCACCUCUGGAACUCUCUCCCCCCUCACCUCUGGAACUCUCUCCCCCCUCACCUCUGGAACUCUCUCCCCCUCACCUCUGGAACCUCUCUCCCCCCUCACCUCUGGAACUCUCUCCCCCCUCACCUCUGGAACUCUCUCCCCCUCAUCUCACUCUCUCCCCCUCUGGAACUCUCUCCCCCCUCACCUCUGGAACUCUCUCUCUCCCCUCACCUCUGGAACUCUCUCCCCCCUCACCUCUGGAACUCUCUCCCCCCUCACCUCUGGAACUCUCUCCCCCCUCACCUCUGGAACUCUCUCCCCCUCACCUCUGGAACUCUCUCCUCCCUCACCUCUGGAACUCUCUCCCCCUCACCUCUGGAACUCUCUCCCCCUCACCUCUGGAACUCUCUCUCCCCCUCACCUCUGGAACUCUCUCCCCCCCUCACCUCUGGAACUCUCUCCCCCUCACCUCUGGAAUCCUCACCUCUGGAACUCUCUCCCCCCUCACCUCUGGAACUCUCUCCCCCCUCACCUCUGGAACUCUCUCCCUCCUCACCUCUGGAACUCUCUCCUCCCUCACCUCUGGAACUCUCUCCUCCCUCACCUCUGGAACUCUCUCCUCCCUCACCUCUGGAACUCUCUCCUCCCUCACCUCUGGAACUCUCUCCUCCCUCACCUCUGGAACUCUCUCCCCCCUCACCUCUGGAACUCUCUCCCCCCUCACCUCUGGAACUCUCUCCCUCCUCACCUCUGGAACUCUCUCCUCCCUCACCUCUGGAACUCUCUCCUCCCUCACCUCUGGAACUCUCUCCCCCUCACCUCUGGAACUCUCUCCUCCCUCACCUCUGGAACUCUCUCCCCCUCACCUCUGGAACUCUCUCCCCCCUCACCUCUGGAACUCUCUCCCUCCUCACCUCUGGAACUCUCUCCUCCCUCACCUCUGGAACUCUCUCCUCCCUCACCUCUGGAACUCUCUCCCCCUCACCUCUGGAACUCUCUCCCCCUCACCUCUGGAACUCUCUCCCCCCUCACCUCUGGAACUCUCUCCCCCCUCACCUUUGGAACUCUCUCCCCCCUCAUCUCUGGAACUCUCUCCCCCCUCACCUCUGGAACUCUCUCCCUCCUCACCUUUGGAACUCUCUCUCCCCCCUCACCUUUGGAACUCUCUCCUCCCUCAUCUCUGGAACUCUCUCCCCCCUCACCUCUGGAACUCUCCCCCCUCAUCUCUGGAACUCUCUCCCUCCUCACCUCUGGAACUCUCUCCCCCCUCACCUUUGGAACUCUCUCCCUCCUCAUCUCUGGAACUCUCUCCCCCCUCACCUCUGGAACUCUCUCCCUCCUCACCUCUGGAACUCUCUCCCCCCUCACCUUUGGAACUCUCUCCUCCCUCACCUCUGGAACUCUCUCCCCCCUCACCUCUGGAACUCUCUCCCUCCUCACCUCUGGAACUCUCUCCCCCCUCACCUUUGGAACUCUCUCCCUCCUCAUCUCUGGAACUCUCUCCCCCCUCACCUCUGGAACUCUCUCCCUCCUCACCUCUGGAACUCUCUCCCCCCUGACCUUGGAACUCUCUCCUCCCUCACCUCUGGAACUCUCUCCCCCCUCACCUCUGGAACUCUCUCCCUCCUCACCUCUGGAACUCUCUCCCCCCCUCACCUUUGGAACUCUCUCCCUCCUCAUCUCUGGAACUCUCUCCCCCCUCACCUCUGGAACUCUCUCCUCCCUCAUCUCUGGAACUCUCUCCCCCCUCACCUUUGGAACUCUCUCCCUCCUCAUCUCUGGAACUCUCUCUCCCCCUCAUCUCUGGAACUCUCCCUCCUCUGGAUCUCUCUCCCCCCUCACCUCUGGAACUCUCUUCCCCCUCACCUCUGGAACUCUCUCCCCCCCUCACCUCUGGAACUCUCUCCCUCCUCACCUCUGGAACUCUCUCCUCCCUCACCUCUGGAACUCUUUCCUCCCUCACCUCUGGAACUCUCUCCCCCUCACCUCUGGAACUCUCUCCUCCCUCACCUCUGGAACUCUCUCCCCCCUCACCUCUGGAACUCUCUCCUCCCUCAUCUCUGGAACUCUCUCCUCCCUCACCUCUGGAACUCUCUCCCCCCUCAUCUCUGGAACUCUCUCCUCCCUCAUCUCUGGAACUCUCUCCUCCCUCACCUCUGGAACUCUCUCCCCCCUCAUCUCUGGAACUCUCUCCUCUGGAACUCUCUCCCCCCUCUCCUCUGGAACUCUCUCCCGCCUCACCUCUGGAACUCUCUCCCCCCUCACCUCUGGAACUCUCUCCUCCCUCUCCUCUGGAACUCUCUUCCCCCUCACCUCUGGAACUCUCUCCCCCCUCACCUCUGGAACUCUCUCCCCCCUCACAUCUGGAACUCUCUCCCCCCUCACCUCUGGCACUCUCUCCCCCCUCAUCUCUGGAACUCUCUCCUCCCUCACCUCUGGAACUCUCUCCUCCCUCACCUCUGGAACUCUCUCCCCCCUCACCUCCCCCGUCACCUCUGGAACUCUCUCCCCCCUCAUCUCUGGAACUCUCUCCUCUGGAACUCUCUCCCCCCUCACCUCUGGCACUCUCUCCCCCCUCAUCUCUGGAACUCUCUCCCCCCCUCAUCUCUGGAACUCUUUCCUCUGGAACUCUCUCCCCCCUCACCUCUGGAACUCUCCUCUGGAACUCUCUCCUCUGGAACUCUCUCCCCCCUCAUCUCUGGAACUCUCUCCCCCCCUCAUCUCUGGAACUCUCUCCUCUGGAACUCUCCCCCCUCAUCUCUGGAACUCUUUCCUCUGGAACUCUCUCCUCUGGAACUCUCUCCCCCCUCACCUCUGGAACUCUCCUCUGGAACUCUCUCCCCCCUCAUCUCUGGAACUCUCUCCCUCCUCACCUCUGGAACUCUCCUCUGGAACUCUCUCCCCCUCAUCUCUGGAACUCUCUCCCCCCUCACCUCUGGAACUCUCCUCUGGAACUCUCUCCCCCCUCAUCUCUGGAACUCUCUCCCCCUCAUCUCUGUAA